CCAACCCGAGCAGCAGAAGUGCGCCUACGUCUGCUGGAUCACUUCCUUGAACCGUUGACUGGCACCGAGCUGAUAGCAGACGUCUCACCAGUUUUUCUAGAGGUUUCGUGCUUCAAACUCGCCUAUCUCAUUUUGAUAAUCAAGUUAAUUAGUUUACUUAAGUUAUUUGUUUUAAUGAAGUGAUUUGGUUAAAAACGUUCUCCGUCGGAGGAUAUAUUUUCAAAGGCAUUUGUGAGUCGCCCAACUAAGAAAGUAGCGGAUCUAAAACCUUUCUUAUUGUGUCCCGUGGGUCUCACACUGCCCCGCGUGUGGAUAAGUGGUUCUCGCACUCAGGAGGCACGGGAUUAAGUUUGCACGACCGAAUGUCGACCUGAGACCAUAAGCUCCUGCUGUGAGGAUGUAAAGUCCCACAGGACCGCAUGGAUCCAACGGCCGCCAUAUUGUCCUGUGUGGUCACAUGACCGGAUUGGCCAGGAUGUCGGCAAAUGAAACGGCUGAAGAGUGCCUCGAGGACGGCGGAAGUGACGACAUGAACAUGGGCAGCGUGGAGGCAUACAUCAGCCUGUACAUCCUGCCCACUGUUUGCGUCUUCGGUAUCUUCGGCAACUUGCUCAACCUAACCAUCCUAACCAGACAAAAGCUCCAGAAAUCCUUCAGGACUCUCGAGCAGGCCGCCAACCUGUGCCUCAUCUCUCUGGCACUCUCAGACUUCAUGUUCUGCGUCUUGGCAUUCCUGACCAUGUUCGUGCCGGCUGACCGGAUUUUUCCGGACCGAGGGCUGCUCUUCCUGUACGGCCGUUACGCCCAUGGGAUGAUCAACAUCUUCAUCAUGGAGAGCACCAUGCUGACUGUCGCCAUGUCGCUAGAACGUUUCAUGGCCAUCUGUUACCCUCUGAGGCAGGACCUCUACCUAACCACACGCCGCACCAAGUACAUUAUCGUCUGCACGUUUAUAUUCUCAAUUCUCUUCAAUAUUCCUGUCAUGUUUCGCUUUCAGCCAGUCGUCAUAUGCGCAUUCAACUCGAGCAUAGACUCAAAUGACGUCAGUUUUCACGAUAAUGGAAACAUUUCCGCCAUAUUGACGACGUCAGCCUCGCUACAUUCCACGCCCUCCCCGCGGGUCAGUUCUUCCGUUCGCUACUCGCUGGCCACUGUCCCUCUGUACAAUACGGCAGCUCUGGACACUGCCUACAGGAUCGCCUGGGCCUUGGUGGGCAACUUCAUCCCGUUGAUCCUCCUCAUCUUCUUCAACGUGCGCCUGUGUAGGAAGAUCUUCAGCUCCUACAAGAAGCGGCGCCACCUGGGGCGGCAGGACCAGCCCAGGAGCUCACACAUCCUGACCCUGACCCUGGUCGCCAUCGUGCUGCUGUUUUUCCUGCUGGUGGCGCCCAGCGAGACGGUGCUGUUCGUCAUGCAGAUGAGCGACAGCACCAGCCUGCCAGCCGUGGAGGCCGUGCUGAACCUCAUGCAGGCCAUCAACUUCUCCGUCAACUUCAUCCUCUACUGCAUCAUUAGCCCACACUUCCGCAAGAUGCUCAAGUACCUGUUCGUCUGCGGCUGCUACAGGAUAUACACACACUCCAAGGAUUGGAAGAAAGAAUUCGAGACCUCACUCAUGUAGCAUAUCAUACAGGCUACAUACACGGCUACAUACAGGACAUGGCUACAUACAGGACAUGGCUACAUACACGGCUACAUACAGGACAUGG